UUAAGCCCAGUAUGAAAAGCGAAGCCUUUUGCUGGCAGUCCCCACCACAGCCUCACAGGAGCCUCACUCACAAGAAAAGCCCACACGCUGACUCAGGCCUGGACACAAAGAUAUAACUGGCUGCCAAACCAGAAGCUGUGUAGCUCUGAGUGAGGCCUUGGUUUGGUAACUCUCUCUGUUUCUGAUACUGACAUGGAAUUCCACAGUCUGCAUAAAAUUUUCCACCCCAACGUCCAUGGUGAGGAGAAGCAACAGAUGCUGAACCUGAACCGACGCCUGGAAACCUACCUCAGUCGGGUUAAACUGUUAGAAGAAGAAAAUGCUUUGCUUGCAAGCGAGAUCCAAACCAUUAGACACAACAGCCAGGAGGACUGGACUCACAGAAAGUGCAUGGAGGAAGAGCUGAGGCAGGCCAGACUGGAAGUGGAUGCAGCCUGGAGGGACAGGGUCCUCACGGAGCUAGAAGUUGGCAAGCUGACUGAGGAGCUCCAAUCCCUGGAACUGCAGAGACAGAGGGAGGCACAAGCCAAAGUGACAGCAAAGACAAAGCUGGAGCAAAGUAGGAAGGAGCUGGUGGAGGAACAAAGGGCACAAAUCUGGCUGAGGGAGAAGGUCAACAAGCUGGAGCAUGAGUUAAGAUUCCUAAUUCAAACCCAUGAGGAAGAUGUGACCCACUUGGAAGAUGCACUGAUCCAGUCAAGAGCCACAAUUCCUCCAAUAUUUUCUCAAAGGGACAACCACACACCAGAGCUCCUUAAGAUGGGGAAUGAGUUUUACCAAAGGGCCACCAGAGCAUGGCAGGAGGCAUCAGAGGCCUAUCAAGGACAGUUAGCUCGACUAGAGGAGUCAUUCAAUCAGACCAGAAACCGUUUGACUCAAGUGGGCCAGGAAAAGCUUGAGAGUCAGCUGAAGCUUCAAGCUCUGGAGAAAGAUAUCGCCUCAGCUCAGGAUGUCCGGCUGCAUCUGGAGACGGCUGUGGCCCAACAGAGAGACAAACACUGCCAGGAGAUCCAGCAGCUCCAGGGGCACUUGGAGGAUCUGAAAGUGGACAAAGAAGAGCUGGGCCAGCAAAUUGAUCAUAUCGUCCAGGAGAACCGCAACCUGAUGCAGCUGAAGAUGUCUCUGGGUCUAGAAGUAGCAACAUACAGAGCUUUGCUGGAUAGAGAGAGCCUCAGGGGAGACGUGUCUUUGUUAAAUAAGCCAAGAAACAUUUCCAUCACAGAUGCAGUUUUAAACCCUCAUGUGGUUAAACAGAAUUACAAGACCCAGUUGUACGCUAGUCACAGGACCACGUUCCCCUCACCUCUUCGAGGCACAGGACCUACAGCAAUAACUGCAGCGCCAUUCAGCAGCAGAAAACCUGAAACGUCAAAUGAAACCCCAGAGAUCUCCACCAAAUCUGCAGAUGAAACAAAGUAUACAACACUAGAAGACCCUUAUCCAAAAAUAGUCCAGGAUGGAGCUGUUGAAAACUUCCGACCACAGGAGGUUUGUGAAAGAGUCACGUAUGCCGAACCUCUAUCACCUCCUAAUGAGCGAGAGGCAGCUGCUGAAACAUUGGAGGACAAAGAGGAAGAGAAGUGGAAUGAUACUGAUAAAGGUCCUGAAGAGAGUCUGACUGAUGAGUCAGUUGUCAGUUGUCAAAUUGAGUCUGGCCUCAGCAAUGAGCCAUGUUUCAGUGGUGAAGUUAGUCAAUUUACAACACCCAGUCUUACAUCAUACGAUCACGCAUUUACAAAGAAACCUUGCAGUUUUUCUGAUGAUAAAAAUGAGGAUGUGGUGUUUGAGGGUACAGCUGAGAAAGAAAAUGUACAUCAGCUUCAGAUUCAGACUGAUACAGGGUUAGAGACAGAGUAUGUAGAUAAAAUGGUGGAGAAUGUGCAAGAGGAGAUGUCAGACUCUGAGACAGAGGCAGUUCUUGAACCAACUUUUGAAUCCAUUCCAAGCAGUCUGCAAUCUGAAUGUGAGCUUGUAGAAAGUGUUUUUAGCCAAGUCACAAAUUGCGGCAUGGAUGAAAACAUUACAAACACUGAUGCAAUUGAGAUAAGACAAGAACUAAAUGGUUCUGUGGGAGAAACAAAUGAACUAGAAGUUGAAGAUAAGUUGUACCCUGAUGGAGAAGAGAUGGAUACAUGGGAUAGUGUCAUAGAGAGAAAGGUUGAAAUAAAAACAGAUGGUGACAUAAGAAAUGAAGAGAAAAAGCAACAUGCUGAGCCAGAGGAAGACAUAUCAGCAAAGGAACUUGAGAAAGCAAAGACACAAGGGAGUCAGGAGAGCCAUGUGGUCUCUACACCGAUGCUCACACAAGCAGAUGAGGGACAACACACUGCCUUAGAGCAAGAGCAGGUUCCACCUUCUGACAAAGAAGAUGAAGAUGAUGAAGAGGACUCUCAGAAUGUCUCGGUGUCAUGGAGGACUGAAUUGGAGAGUGACAGCUAUGCUCAGGAUAACACUCUCGCUGACACUCGUCCUCUGAUUCGAUACAAAAGCGAUGAGACAGAUGCCAACACUCAGGCGUCACACAUGGACGAGAGUGAGUCAAGUGAAGGUGAGCACGAAAAAAAGACAGAAGAGGUGGGAACUGGAAUGUGGAGCGAUGGGAAGUCAAAGACAUUCGGAACUAUGGAAGAUCUGUGUGAAGAAGUUGAAGAUGAAUCAGUGGAUGAGGAAUAUAAUCUGGGAUACGCUUACGUUGAAGACAGAGAUGUUAGCCAAGGUGCAAUAGUAAGAGAGUACGAAACACAGGGGAAAGAUAUAGAAAAUGCAGAUAAAAUGGUGAGAAAUUCAGAGGAAGAACUUAGAAGACUUGUAGGAUGCUCAUAUUUUGACCAUGAUGAGGAGCUGGAGAUUGACAGAGUUGUUGAACAAGAGUUAGAAAAUUUGUCCACAGAUAGUUACAGGCACAUCAGUGAGGAUGUUCCACAUCUGGAAGACAAGUCUUUUGAAGAAGUGGAUGUGCAAGAAGAGGAUGGAAAAGCUUCAUGUGAGCCUGGACAGAAUGAAAACCAUGAACAUUUAUCUUUCGCUACAAUUACUGACCAGGGUUCUGAAAACCGACUUUUCAGUGAGUUAUCAGUAGUAAUGCCUCCAAGAGACACCUUGGCUGUGGAGGAUGUCCAACAUAAAAGUCAAGAUGAUGCAGAUGAGCCAGAAAAAAGGGAGGAAGAAGAUGAACACAAUGUGCCUAUGAUGAUACAUACUGAUGCAAUAGAAAGUAAUUCUGGAGUCACUGACUUCAUAAGUAGGUACGAUAUAGAAGACUCAAACAACCUGGAGGAACCAAACUCUGUACUAUUGAUCACAGCAGACCAAAAAAACCUGCAGGAUGUGGCAGCUCCUCCUGAGGUCACAGAGCAGAAGUUAUCCAUCGAGUCUCAAAUGAAUCAGGUUGAGGAGGCUGAAGAUUUUCACAAGAUUUUUGAAGCAUCAGAAACAGCUGAAUGGGAAGUCCUAGAGAACCCAAUGCAAGACUCUGAAAUCAGAGACCAAGGUGAAGAUUAUCAGAAGUUUAACAUACCAGAAUCAGCUGAUGAGGGUGCUUUGACAGAUCAAGAAGACCCUGUCAAAAGUUUCCACAACAUUGUGCCUGAUGAAAACAACAUCUCCAUAGUUAAGGAUGCAACAGACAACAGCCAUGGUCUCCUCUUCCCUGAUGUUAAGAGUGACUCCUGGGUGUCCACCUUAGAGAGCGGCGCCACUUAUAAACCAGAUGAUACCUGUAAAGAAGCAGCUGAGCAAACUAAUCAGAAUCAGGGAUUUACUGACAACCAAGUUUGGGGGAAUGUGGAAAACCAGAAUGUUGUCAAUGGAAACUCCGGGAUAGACGACUCAUCUAAAGCCGUAGCUGCUAUUCAGGAGCAAGAACAGAUGCAUACAGAUGUGAAGAAAGUGUUGAGUAGAAAUGUUGUUGGUGGGGAGUCGAUCCAUUCUGAGGAGUCUGAAGCUGAGGCUGAAUCCUGGUCAUCUGGGGAAGAUGUAGAGCAAUUAGAUUGUAUUUAGAGUUGAAUUAGUUUUUAAACACACACACACACACACACAUAGUCAGUAAGAAAUUGGGUUUUUUGUUUGAUGCAUUUUGUUUCAAAACCAAAGUCAAGCCUUGGUGUGAUCUUUAGUGACAUUAACUUCCUACGUGCCUCAAUUCUCUACUAAGAUUUACAUGUGUUUUUCCUCAGCCCGAAGCAUACAUUUUUUCCUAACUGUCCAAACCUUUCAGUCGUGUAGUUUGCAUGUUAUAGAGCAUGACCGAUUCUUUGCACGAGGAACGAGCAUGAAGAGAACAAAGAAUAUAAUUUGCAAGCCAAAUCAUUUAUUGAUCAUAGUCUAAUCUUAUUGUAGUCAGUAAUGGAAAUCAAUGAGGCUAGAAGGGUUGGAUUCUUUGUAGAGCUGCUAUUACAUUGUGACAGCUAAUGUUUCCGUUGAUGAGUUACUAUUAGGUCACAAUUUAAUGAUCUUUGCAUGUAGAAUGAAUGGUUGUUUCUCAUUUCUACCCAUAAAGUUUAUUGAAAUAACGGUACAUUUACAAUCCAAAAUAAAGUAGAUUGAUGUUA